CUCGUCCAUUGAGAUGUCCGGCGCUGUGCACCCGACGCCGCUUGCGCGCCGCUGCAGGGCGCUGAUCACGCUCUGCGCAGCGCUGUGCCUUGGGAAAUACACGUGUCACGGUCUGGCGCAUUAUGAUGACAUCAAUUCAAACAUUAGUGCUUUACCAUAUUUUGAAUUCAACGUCCCACGAAACGUGACCACUGCAGUUGGCCAAACGGCAUUUCUUCAUUGCAGAGUCGAGCAGCUGGGCGACAAAGACAUGAUUGACGACUUAUGCGAGAAAAGAAAACUCAAAGAAUGGAAAGUCGAGGCACAGGACAAGGAAACAUGA